AUGACCGACCGCGUCACCAACGACGGCACCACGACAGUCCGCAAGCGAAAGACACAUCGCAAGUCUCGCCUCGGCUGCGGCAACUGCAAGAUUCGCAGCGUCAAGUGCGAUGAAUCGAAGCCCUCCUGCCGCCGUUGCCACGCAUCAGGCUUCACAUGCAACUACUCCCGCACCAUCCCAGCCCUACAACUCUCUCACGCAAAUGUUCUCAGCCUCAGCCUCAAUCUCGGACAUGCCAGACCUCGAACUGCUCAGCCAGACUCCUAUGUGACGGACAGCAUCUUCAAAGAGUCAUCUCUCCAGCCCGGCCUCCAGAUUCCCAUCAUCUUGCCCUUACAAGGUAAAUUGGGCACUUAUGUCCUCCAACCCCAAGACUACGCUGCUCUAAGUCGCUUUCAAAAGAGGACGGGAGAGACCCUGGGCAAUGCCGCCUCGAGGAAAUGCUACCGCCAAGUCAUGGCCAGCCUCGCCAAAGAACACCCCUUUCUCUACCACUUCUUCCUCCUCCUCUCUCUCCUCCACGACACCCACCUCUCCCCCUCCCCACCAUCUGCAUCGCAGCAGUCCUCCCUCGCCUUCCACUGGUACCACGCCACCGCCCUCCUCUCCCACUUCCUCUCCCUCCCCUCUCCCUCCACGACACUCUCCUCCUCCCACCGCGACGCCCUCUGGAUAUCCGCCUCCAUCCUCGGCGCCGCCUCCUUCGCCUCCAUCCGCACCCAGGACCCCCCCGCCGCCUGGCCCCUCGCCGACCCAGAUCCCGCAAGCGACCUCGACUGGCUCAAGAUGGGCCACGGCAAGCGCGCCGUCUGGUCCAUCACCGACCCGUCUCGCCCGGACAGCGUCUUUCACAAUAUCCUCGACAAGACCCCCAUGCAGCACAAUUCCUUUGCUACUUCCGCACCAAUCCCGCCGGAUGCUUUACCCAAGGCCUUUUACAUCGUCUUCAAUCUCUCCUCUUCCCCGGAGGACAUUGUAAAGAACCCUUAUCACAGCCCCUGCUCCAUCCUAGCAACUCUCUGGAACACCCCCAUUGACGACGACAAUGUCCUCUACUUCCUCAGCUUCAUCACCCAAAUAGACCCUUCCUACCGCGCCCUCGUUGAAGAAAAGGACCCGCGCGCGCUGUUACUGCUGCUAUACUGGCAUACUCUUGUGAUGCCUCACGAGAGGUGGUGGUUGCGUAGACGAUGUGACGUGGAAGCCAGGGCGAUCUUGAUCUACCUUGAGCGAAAUUGCGCGGACGACGAGGAUAUCAUGGAGUUGCUGGAGGUGCCAAGGGCAAUCUGGAAUGGGGCCACAGAAUGGAACACGGUCCUAACGACGGUGGAAUGA